AUGACGAAGAGGAGGUCAUGGUUCGGUUGGAUGAAAAGGCUAUUCAUCUGCGAGGCGAAAGCAAAACCAGAGAAGAAGCCAAGGAGGUUGAGAUGGGUGUUUAGAAGGCUAAAGCUGAGACAUCAGAUUGCAACUACGGUGCAAAAGACAAGGACUUUGAACGAAGCAACAGAGGAUCAGAGAAAGCAUGCCGUGAAUGUAGCCAUUGCCACAGCAGCAGCAGCUGAGGCGGCGGUUGCAGCCGCCAAGGCAGCUGCUGAGGUUGUCAAGAUGGCAGGAAACGCCUUCACUUCACAACAUUUUGUCAAGAAGCGCAAUCCCAAUUUGGCUGCUAUAAAGAUUCAAAGUGCAUUCAGGGCUUAUCUGGCGAGGAAAGCGUUGCGUGCGCUGAAAGCAUUGGUAAGGCUUCAAGCAAUAGUCCGUGGCAGAGCUGUUAGGAGAAAGGUGUCUGCUUUACCUUCCAACAAAGCUUCAACAUCAAGCCUCAUGCAGAGAAACACAGAGAGGAAACAUUGGUCCAAGCCCAAAUCUGAGAUCAAAGAAGAAGUCAAGGUAUCAAAACAUUCAACGUGUCACAAGAAACAGGUGGAGUGCAAUGGCUGGGACAGUAGCGCACUCACAAAGGAAGACAUCAAAGCCAUAUGGUUGAGGAAGCAAGAAGGUGUGGUGAAGCGUGAGCGUAUGUUGAAAUACUCUCGCUCUCAUCGGGAGAGAAGGAGUCCUCAUAUGCUUCUGGAAUCAUUGUACUCAAAGGACAUGGGGAUGAGAAGCUGUAGGCUUGAACAUUUGGGUGAAUCCAAGUCUGCAAAGUCGUCCAUAAACUCAAUCCUCAUUCCAAGCGAAAUCACAAAAGUAAAGCUUAGAGCUUUACAGAGACAAGACUCUGUUGAUGGACAAGACUCUCCAUUUUCAUUCCCGAGGAGAUCUUUCAGCCGUUUGGAGCAGAGUCUGUUGGAGGAAGAGAGCUGGUUUGAGAGCUUGCAGCCUUACAUGAGUGUGACAGAGUCUGCAAGGGAAAAGUUUAGAUCACUGAGCACACCGAGGCAACGUGUAGGUGUCAUGGAUCAUUCUUGGUUUGAUAAUAGUAAAAAGGAUGCAGAUAAAGUCUCUCUCUGGUCUUCCUUUGUUAAUGAAACUAGUAAUAUGAGCAGCUCCAAGAAGUCGUCUCUGACCUCAAACCAACAUUGUUGUUAA